GUGUGACAGGCAGUACUAAUGUACCCUGAACAAUUUAAAGUGUUUGUUUCAGACCAGACUUUAUUUUUCAUAUGUUAAAUGUAAACUAUAAUAUAUUACUUUGAAAAAUACACGUCGUAGCGCUCAAGUUGAAGAAUCUGUGACAUUUUUGGAAGGGAUUAUCUUACCUUUCUAAGGUCCAGUUCAACCAAUUCAUCUAAUGACUAACCUAGCGGACUAAAUUCAGGGAAUAUUUUGUCUUUUUUGUCCCUUUGCUUUUCCUGUGUGUUCACUUGGACCAAGGUGUUUGACUGGUCAUUUCGCUGUCGGAAUCAAUUGAGCCUUUCUUGACCGCCCUCUGUUACAUGUGCAGUAUGUGAAACUGGAACAGACUUCACAUGUUCUACGUUAUUGAACGUUCAUGGAAUCUAAGGUCUUCCACUCUUCGCGAGCUAAAGUGAACAAAAAUAAGGUUGAGAAAGCUUAAAACCUACUGAAGAUUGAAACACCCCUGGAAAGAUGGAUUCUGGUGUUGGAACUAUAGAAGUGCAGGCAGAGUUGGACUUGGUGGAGGCUGAGCUGAAGCAGGUGGAGCUUCAGGUCGCAGAGCUGCUGAAGAAGCAGGCUCAGUUGACAUCUCGCAAGAGCGCUCUGCUGCUGCAGCUGGAGGAGGCCUGCGACACCAUCGGUUCCUCAUCCUCUACGACCUCAGUUCCCGAGUGGACGAUGAGCAGGCAGGUGCUGCAGCACUAUGAUGGCUCAGAUUUCCCUUGGUCCAAAGAGGUGGAACAGCAUCUGAAAAGCUCCUUUGGUCUUUCUAAGUUCAGACCGUUGCAGCUCAGAGCCGUCAACCUAACCAUGGCAGGCAAUGAUGUGUUUCUGGUCAUGCCUACAGGAAGAGGAAAAAGUCUCUGCUUCCAGCUGCCUGCAAUCUGCUCGAAGGGUUUCACAUUGGUUAUCACACCACUUGUGUCUCUGAUGGAGGACCAGAUCAUGCACCUGAAGUCUGUUGGUAUUCCUGCAGUCAUGCUGAAUGCAUCGAGCAGUAAGGAGCAUUCCAAGCUCGUCAUGGCUGGAAUGACGGAUGUGAAAGUCCCCUUCAAGAUGGUGUAUGUAACUCCAGAAAAGGUUGCCAAGAGCAAGCUGCUGAUGGCUCGCCUGGAGAAAGCCUAUAAAGCCAAGCUGCUGUGUCGUAUAGUUGUGGAUGAGGUGCACUGCUGCAGCCAGUGGGGACACGACUUCAGACCAGAUUAUAAACUCCUGGGUAUCUUAAAGAGACAGUUUUCUUCUGUGCCUCUCUUUGGCCUCACUGCCACAGCAACCAGCAGUGUCCUCAAGGACUGUGAGAAGAUACUGUGUGUGGAACAGCCAGUCACUAUCACUGCCUCCUUCAAUCGAACUAAUCUCUUUUAUGAGGUUCGCAAUAAAGUCUCAGAUGGUGAUGCUUUAAUGAGCGACAUUACCUCUCUAAUUAAAGACAAAUACAAGAACCAGUCAGGCAUUGUGUAUGUGUUCUCUCAGAAGGAUGCUGAGAUGGUGUCUUGUGAACUCAAAAAACGCGACAUCUCAGCAUAUCCUUAUCAUGCCAGUAUGGACCCAGAAGACAAGUCGCAAGUUCACUGCAGAUGGACUUCAAACAAAAUCCAGGUUGUGGUUGCCACGGUGGCGUUUGGCAUGGGCAUUGACAAACCAGAUGUCAGGUUUGUUAUCCACCACACCAUGAGCAAGUCCGUUGAGAACUACUACCAAGAGAGUGGGCGUGCAGGUCGAGAUGAUCUUCCAGCAGACUGCAUCGUAUAUUUUGGCUUUGCUGAUAUCUUCAGGAUCAGCACCAUGGUGGUCAUGGAAAGUGCCGGCUACCAGAAGCUGCUGCAAAUGGUCGCCUACUGCCAGAAUGUUGACAGGUGUCGGCGCUCUCUCAUGGCUGUCCACUUUGAUGAGGUGUGGGACAAUGAAAGUUGUAACCAAAUGUGUGAUACAUGCUGCCAUGAAGAAGGCUACACUAGUGUGGACAUUACCCAGCAUGCAAGACAAGUGGUGCUAAUUGUAGAGCAAGCAGGGUCCAUGAAUGAAAAAGUUACCCCACUGAAGCUGGUGGAGACAUGGAUGGGGAGGGGCCCAGCCAAGCUCAGGAAGAUGAUCCAGACCACGGCUCUGUCUCGGCUGCAGGCUGAAUCUGUGAUCGUCUCUUUGCUUCUUCAAGGAUAUCUCAGAGAGGAUUACAGCUUCACGCCAUAUACCACCUACUUCUAUAUGAAGCUUGGCCGCAAAGCUCCUCUGCUAAAGGAGGAGACUCACACAAUCAACAUGAACAUGUGGCCAGCUGGAGACGGACCUUCUGUGGUAAAACCUACAACUGGCAAGGGAAAAUCCAAGGAGGAAAAGAGAUCAGUUCAAAGCUCUGGAGACUCCCAUGUGUCCAAGAAAGUCAAGACAAGGCUUUCCUAGUCCCCUCAACCCCUACAAACCCAGAAGACAAGUCAAUAAAGACAAAUCAGCUACUGACGUCGAUGAGGAAAAGAGGUCUGUGUGAGCCCUGAUCCCCCUGCCAUUAAGAACAGACGUCCCCACAAAAAAAACUGAAGCUGAGGAAACAAGAGCUAAAACAAUCCAGAAAGCUA